CCACUGGUUCGAUAUUAAUAGAACGCCUAGCACAUGCGUCGCGACGUCUGUGCAGUCGUCAAUCGACCAUCCGACAAGCACCUACAAAUUUACAUAAUCACAAGCAUUUAGAAUGACCGACUACCGAAGCUCAUCUCCGACCUCCGACAUAUUUUCCGACGACGUAGACUCAGUCUCGAUCCGAGACAAAGCUCUGCUGAAACGUUCAGUUUCCAAACACCACAACAACAACUUCAAAGCUGGUUAUGUGCCAGUGCACGAGCAGCACCUAUCGAAAACCGGACUUCGAGGGCGAAAGACGUUCGCAUUCUGGACUCUAGUAGCACUGUUGUUUAUUUUAGCAGUGGGAAAUUUGCUCCUGACUGUCACGAUUUUGGGAGUGCUGCGGCUGGGACAAGGUAUGGAGAGCAUAGAACUAGUUCCUGAAGAGUACGCCGUGAAAUUUUUCGGGGACACGGAUUUGGGUCACCUGUACAAACGCGACGGAAAAAUCGAGGGGUUCAAAGACGAACCGUUGGAAAUCACGGCGGAGGAAAGCGCGGUUCUGUUGAAUUUGAUGUCGCUACGGAACGGUCGUGCUAGUAACCAGCUACGUAUUAACAAAAACGGCACAAAUUUCUGGGGCUUCGAAUCCUUCGACGUUAGGAACAAGCAAGGAGCGCUCAUUUUUUCGGCGAAUUCGCCGAAUUUUCACUCCCUAACUGGUGCGAACUCCUUCAGCGCGAAGAACGUUUUCACGAACCGCAUAGCCAGUCCUGUGUACAGUAAACUAAAGGUGGAAGGUCGAAUUUUGACUUUCAAGGGCUCGGAAGGAACUAGAAUGGACGGAAAGGAGAUUGUUUGGAGUGCCGAUCAAGAUAUUUAUUUGAAAACGAACAAUGGUUCCAUUGUUCUUAGUGGCAGUGAUGGGACUUUUAUUGAUGUUCGACGUAUUCCCAUUGCCACAAUAAAAAACAACAAUUACGUUACCUCUCAGUACAAAGUGUGUAUUUGUAUGCCAGAAGGUAAACUGUUUCGAAUUCCGGUACCCAGUGGACCGAGUCCAAGAGUUUAUUGCCAUCAUAUCAAUACUUCGCCGCCUCACAAUCCUUGCAUUUAAUUUAUGUGAUGUUUUGUUGAUACUCAAUAAUGCCCUAGGGUCUUGUUAUGAUUAACAUUAUUAACAUUCUAGAGAAAAUCUCAUUAUUAGGAGUAGGCAUUUUUACAAUAAAUAUUGUUUUUAAAACGUU